UGGUUUCUAUGUCAUCAUCUGGUUAAAUUGAUCUAAUAUUUAAUAUUUAAUUAACUCAAAACACACUGUGUAAAUUUUCAUGUAAUAUCACAUUUUUAAUUGAUUAUAGGUCUACGACGAAUAUGAAAUUCCUGAUUACCCAAUUCUAGUAAAUAUUUCUAGGCGAUGUGUAUUGACUAUUUUUGAACGGUUUAUCUUCGUUGUCAUUUUAUACAAUUCCAAAUAUUCAAAAUAUCAAUAGGUUAGUGACACUCUUCAUGCUAAAAUACAGAAACUGAUUCUUCAAGAGGUAUUUACAAAAGAACAUUAUUUUACUUUCUAGAAGAGCUGGAAACUAUGAGAAAAAAAAACAUUUUACUACUGGUUUGGAUGUAUUUACUAUAUAAAAUUUUAAUGGAAGUGAAUACAAUGAGCGGACGAAACUUAGAGAGUGUAAAUGUGCACAAGGAAGUAUUUCAACAAUACAGUGAGCGCGCUGGUAAUAAAACGGCACCACAUAUUUUGUUUAUCAUUGCUGACGAUCUUGGAUUUAAUGAUAUUGGAUACCAUGGUUCCGAAAUACAGACACCAAACCUAGACUCUCUGGCAAUGACGGGAGUCAGAUUAGAAAAUUAUUAUGUUCAACCAGUGUGUACACCAACAAGAGGCCAAUUACUCACUGGCAGAUAUCAGAUUCAUACAGGGCUUCACUGGGUUUUAUGGCCUGCAACUCCGGCAGGUUUGGCUCUUGAUAACCCUACCAUCGCCGACAAGCUUAGAGAUGCUGGUUAUGCUACACAUAUGGUGGGAAAGUGGCAUCUUGGUUUCUAUAAAGCUGAUUAUUUACCAACCAGUCGUGGUUUUGACACAUAUUUUGGCUUUCUUAGUGGCCAUUCCGACUACUACACGCAUGUGACAGGAAACUACCAAGAGAAGCUGAUGAUCGGAUUCGACCUCAUGGAGAAUGACCGACCAGCAAACAUAUCGAAAUACAAUGGUACUUACUCAACACAUUUAUUUGGCUCAAAAGUAAAAGACAUUAUAAAUGGACAUGAUCUUGAAAAGCCGAUGUUCAUCUACAUAUCAUUCCAAGCCGUCCACGCUCCUUUGCAAGUUCCAGAAAUAUACGUAAAACAGUAUAGCCAUAUUAAGGAUACAAAGAGGAGGCAGUAUGCAGGAAUGGUGUCAUGUAUGGAUGAGUCCAUCGGUGAAAUAGUGGAUACUAUGAAGAAGCGUGGAAUAUGGGACAACACAUUGCUUAUCUUUACCACAGACAAUGGUGGAAACCCAAACGUUGGAGGAAGCAACGUGCCGCUUAAAGGAACAAAAAGUACAUUAUGGGAAGGGGGAAUACGUGCUGUUGGAUUCGUUCACAGCUCUCUCAUAGGCAACAAAAUGAAUGGCUAUAUUUCGAAUGAGCUCAUGCAUGUUACUGACUGGUUUCCUACUCUCCUCAGUCUGGCUGGUGGUGAUUUGAAAGGCAUAAAACAGUUAGACGGAUACGACCAAUGGAAAACUAUCAAGUAUGGUAUUCGAAGUCCACGACAGGAAAUACUUCAUAACAUUGACCCGUUGUAUAAUAAUACAUUUCAUACAAGAAGACUCUCUAUAAGGAUAGGGGCAUGGAAAAUUAUUAUUGGACAGCUAGGUCCGGGUUCACGAAAGAAACUGUCUAGUGAUCUCCAAAACGUCUGUCUGUUCAAUAUUGAGAGCGAUCCAUUUGAACGAAUCGAUUUGUCUGAGCAUUUCCCUGAAAUAGUACAAAAUAUGCUUCAAAGGCUUGAGGAUUAUGAGAGAAAUUCCGUUUCAUGUCAACUUCCUGCAGUUGAUUCGCGAGCAGACCCUUUACAUCAUGAUGGAUUUUGGCAACCAUGGCAAUAGAGUGAAAUACUUGUUUCUGGAUUUCCUGGAUUUAAGCUAUAGAUAUACAAGACCUUUGAAGUUGUGUUUAUCGCCUAUUAUUUCAUUGCGAACGGUUUUCAAAAGUUUGUAACAAUCGUAGAACAAGAUAUAAUUCCAUAAAAUGAUGGCAAUCGCAGAAAAUCACUAACAUAAGUUAUUUCUUUUGCAUUUAAGAUUUUUUUUAUAAUUUAAUGUCACUUUUUAGGGUUAGGGUUAGGGUU